CACACACACACACACACGCCAUACCAUACCAUGAUCCACGUUCAUAUUUGCGACGGUCCUUGGUGCGGUGUCGUAGCAGAGGCAACCCGGCCGGCGAAGAUCGAGGGAUCUGAUGUCAUUGGCCACGCAUGCCACAUGCCCCCCAAUCACCAUCGUCAUGCUACAAUGAUGUAGAGGAUCGAUCGCUUUGGUCUGUCUGCGUCCCGUCUUACUGAUAUCUACUACUAUGAUUGCUGGACAUACAUAUAAUGCUCAGUCAACCUCCGGGGAGGGUCUCCCUGAUGGUGAAUCCAUUUUGAUGACGAAGCCAUUUCCCGUAUUGUUGUUUUUAUGGUACAGUUGUCGCCAAUAUCGACUUGACUGCCACACUCCUAUCUUAUACACAGCAUACACCUUUUCCUCGCGUGGAAUCGUGCAAGUUUUGUUUCGAAACCUAGCGGUAUACACCUCGCGCCUUUGCGCCGGUAUCAUCGCCUUGAGAAACACAUUGAGAGAAACUCUUGAGGCACCCUUUGAGAUUACCCUAGACAGGAGGGCCGCACACGCAUUCCAUCGCCAACGCCACGACGCCAUCACAAUGUCCUCCGACCUGGAAUCCAAGAUCCUCCAGGCGGCCGUCCGGAACCGCGAGCUCCUCGCCGUCCUCGCCGAGACGGACAACGCCAUCCCGGACCUGACGCAGCAGCGCCGGCUCAUCGCCGACCUGGACCGCCAGCUGCAGCAGUCCGACAGGGCGCUCGGCGCGCUCGAGGCGCGGCGCAAGAAGGAGCUCAGGGAGCACGAGAAGUACCGCGACAGCGUCAUGCGGCGGUUCGUGCACAAGGCGGUCGGCAAGCGCGGCAAGUUCGACGAGCGCGCGGCGUGCGAGGAGCGCGAGUACUUUGACGCGCUGCAGGAGGAGCACCGCGAGAAGGAGCUCAACGGCAACCUGCGCGCGCAGCUCGCGGCGGCGCGCGAGGCCGGCGUGCCGCUCGAGGCGGCCGCCCGGCGCCACGACGAGGCGCAGUGCGACCUCGACACCCUCUACGACUCCAUCUUCGCCGGCCCCACGACGACGACGACGACGACGAGCUACCCGGACGAGGACCGGCUCGAGCGCGAGGCCGACGACGCCCGCCGCGCGUACCACGACACCCGCGGCAAGGCCGAGGCCGAGCAGCACGCCGUGCGGCUGCUGGCGGCGGCGGCGGGCCGCAUGGGCGACGCGCUGCGCGGCAUGGACGACGCGCUGAGCCGCUCGCGCGUCGACAUGUUCGGCGGCGGCACCAUGACGGACAUGAUGGAGCGCAGCGCGCUGCAGCGCGCCGAGGGCGCCGUCCAGGAGGCGCGCGGGCUCGUCGCGCAGGCCGGGCGCAUGACGCCGCACGUCGGCAGCCUGCCGCCCGUCGCCAUCAACCACGGCGGCCUCGUCGGCGACGUGCUCUUCGACAACGUCUUCACCGACAUGGCCUUCCACGACGAGAUCAAGCGGUCGCGCCUCGAGGUCGAGCGGUGCGCCGCCGCGCUGGGCGCCAUGCUGGGCGAGACGCGCGCACGGCGCCGCGAGCUGAUGCGGCGGCUCAGGGCACAGGGCGCCCGGCUCGAGAGCACGCGCACGGCGCUGCAGAGGGAGAGGGAGAAGGUGUUCGACAGGAUCGCGGGGGGGCACGUCGGUGCCGAGGGCGUCGUGGCGGCGUCAUCGGCGAGCGGCGGCGUGCCGGUCAAACAUGAAGAAGUAGGACAGUGACAGGGCGCUCGGCCGGGACAUCUCGCGCCGCGCGCUGGGAAUGGGUGAGCAAGGAGAAUUGGGCGGGAUUAAAGGAGCAGACGGCAAGUCACAAAAAAGGGACCUUGUGUCUGUCACUAUUAGCAAUGUAUGAUACCUAUUUGCGCGUCAUAUGCUUGGUCACGUUGCUCAUGUGUUCAACAGUAAAUAUAUCUCAUUUCAUCGUGCUAUUUAUGUGUCUGUCCGUUACAGACUCGUCAUCCCUACCC